GCGGGGCGUCACGACGCUCCAGACGUCGAGAUACGCGCGCCACGGAAAAUGUAAUCCGAGUCGCUGAGUCGUAUCGAUACUUCGCCAUCGAGCUUUUAUUUCUGAAGUCUGCCUCUCUCGCGGGUGACACCUGCUCCGAAAGCAAAAUUGAGGACGCGAUCGGCGUAAUUUCUCUCUGAUGCGCUGAGCUCGUGUUACUUGUGUGACCAGCUGACACUUCGUGUCAGGACGUGACAUGAAGAUGUAAAGAACUCGCUGAUCGAGAUUUAAUCGAGAGUGAUUUGCUCACGUUAUUAUUGACCUGCAAUAGUUAUUCGAGACUGCGGUGUGCCAGUGUGCAGUGACGUUUUGCAGAUCACCAAACGGAUUUCACUGUCGUGAUGAAGCUGCAUGAGAAGAAAGAGUCAGGCAUCCACAAGGUGCAAGAGGUGCCUUUGGAGGAGCUGGACCUCGCGAAGGAGUACAAUGUAGAGAAAACCCUAGGCGAGGGUAGCUUCGCGAAAGUAUUGCUGGCGACGCACAGAGCCACGCAAACGAGGGUGGUCCUAAAGGCGGUCCAUCAGGAACUCACAACGGAGAAGGACUUCUUCCGGGAGUUUCACUAUUCGUACCAUCUGAGCCCGCAUCCCAAUAUACUCAGCUCAUACGCCGUCGCUUUCAGUGCGGAGAAGUGCUUCGUGUUUGCGCAGGAGUACGCGUCGUACGGCGACCUCGCCGGCAAUGUGAAGGCCGGCGGACUCAGCGAGGACGCUUGUAAGAGGAUCGCCAGCCAGCUCGCCUCCGCCCUCGACUUCAUCCACUCGAAGCAGCUAGCGCACCGUGACAUCAAGCUGGAGAACGUGCUAGUGUUCGCGCAGGACAUGAGCAAGGUGAAGCUGUGCGACUUUGGCUGCACGAGACGCGAAGGCACUCUCGUGAACAAGAUCCGGUGCACGUGGGUGCCGUUCCAGCCGCCUGAGAUUCACGAGAUCAUCAAGAACGAGAGGUACGCGUGCAAGAGGAGCUCGGACUGCUGGCAAUUCGGCAUCGUCCUCUUCGUUUGCUUGACCGGCAAUCCGCCGUGGCAGAGCGCCGACCCGAUCCAGGACCCGGACUAUUCGGCGUUCCAGCGCUGGUUGAAACGGCGCACCACCAAGAUCCCGCCUACCUUCCGACGGUUCACACCUCGUCUGCUACGUUACUUCAGACGAGCGUUCGAGCACAAGCCUGAGAAGAGGCCGCACGUGACUGAGAUCAACAAGUACCUGAAGGACUCAUGGUGCAUCAGCAAGAUCAGCCAUAGUGCAACAUCGACGUCGGUCGACGUGAGCGAGAGCUUCGCCAGGAGGGGCGACAGCUUGCUCUAUCUCGACACGAUCCUGGACGACCGACACCACGUGGACGAGAACAAGAACAAGCUGAGGAAGUUGCUCAACAGCUAUGGCCUGGAGACCACGGUGGACCAGAAGGUCGUCACCGAGAGGAUAUGGGAGUGGGUGAUGCAGUGCGACUCCAACAUGGAUUCGGAGUCGAGCUUGAUCGGCGGCUUCAGCACGGAGGACAUGUGAGAGAUAGUGAGGACCAGCAGCGAGCCGUGCCUUCGGGUGACCCACGAAGAACCAGCCAAGUUUCGAAUGGGCAGCUUCCACAUGACCUCGUACAGAUGUGCCAAGUAACAAGCUAGAGCCGAAGGGUAUUCCCGAAAGCUCUUUCGCGGAAGAGAAGCAACGCAACCCUGUUACCAUGACGUUCCAGAGUGUCGAAAUGUUAUUCACGGGCGGACCAAUUAUCGAUGAACUUUCUUAAUUAUUAAGAAUUGCAAGCGCAGGAGAAUUCGAGAGAUGAGAGAUUAAGCUCUGAUUGGAAGGUUGAGAUAACACAAGUCUCAAAAUUAAUAAUCUCUAAAGUAGAGAGGAACGUAAAUUUCCAAAAGAUUUCGUAGAGGUGUUUGGAAGAUAUUCAAAUUUCUCCAAUCUCCUUUCGACGUUCGGAUAUUCUUUGGAGUUUUGGCACUGUCUUGGAAUUCAGAGAAAGAGAGAAAGGAGACAUGUCUCCCGAAAUUUAGAAAGAAAGCUCUAGCAGUUAAGUGAGUAAAUGUGAUAUGUAUUUAAGUAGAAAGGAAGAGAGAAUAGAGAAUUCACUCUUCGAAAAGAGGGGUGAUAUUGUCAAGCUGGUGGUUAGCUUGGUGCGCUAACGGUAGAGACAAUAAUGUCGGCGCGUAUGAUUUUGCAUUAGUCAGUCAUCCCGUAAACCGUGAACCGAUGGUCUUAGCGAUGCCUUAUGCGCGAUUAGGCGCGAGGUUAGACGUUUAGGAAUAUUUUCUACGUCGUUUGAACCCGAAUUUCUGUUUGCGUUACGUAGCGACACGUAGCCUCGCAAUUAUGUUAGAUGGAAAAGCGCGAGAAGACUGUACAAUCCAGGGAUUCCCAGGUUGGAGACCGUAACAACUCCGGACUAGCGUAGAGCGCGUUAGAAAACGUUUUUGGAGACAAUCCAUUGUUAUCGACCCGAGCUAAGAUUCGGGAAGCGAGACAGCUUGGUUUUCUGCUGCAUGAAAAGGCGCGUGAUCCACUUUAUCUUUCAAAAUAAUGGCUUAAAAUCUUGUUUCAUUAUGAUAUAAGUUUCAUUAAUAAUAAUCCGAGAGGAAAGCGCCGAAGAAUUCAGAAAUCUGCGGAGCGACCAAGAAGAACAAGCAGGGUUCGCAAUGCGACACAGUUACCGGAAGUAACGAGUUAGCCGUUAACGUGUACAUCAUACAAAUGUAAAUACCUUUAUAUACACAGAUGAGAGUAUACAUUCGCGUUCGCUAAGCGUGUACAUAUACAUAUACAUAUACGGUGUGUACGUAUGUAUGUAGGCAUAUAUAGUACACAUAUAUUCUUGUAGCAGUUUAUGGUGUAGUGCGUAUAGGGGUUCCGUUUGUACGAUUAGAUACGCCACUCCGUAACGGUGAUACAUAGAGGCAUAGCGUAACACUGCAUGCGUCGCGACUUCAAAACGGUUGUAAUAAUCUCGCGAACGAUCCUGCAUUAAAACGUCCACGGAUAACGACGCACGAAACGGGUAUUUCGUAAUGAAACGGUGGCGAGACUUGCCGCUCGCGGCAACCUUGACUCACGCGAAACUCGUUCGUGUAUAAUUGGAGAUUAUAUAAUGACAAAUUAUCGCAUCCUAAUAAUAAUUUCGGCCAACUUUCAUCUUCAAUGCUACACGAACGAGGGAGAAUGUAUCGCGUGCGAAUUCAUGACACUUUAAUUGCUACGAAUAAACAUCGCGAGAAUGAUGAAGACCAUUCUCGCGUGUUCGGAAAAUUAGAAACCGCGAAUCCGAUUAAAACCGCAAUUCGGCUCCUGUUCUCGCUCGCAGCUGUACGGCGAAUACACACGACGACCGAACUGAUUUGCACCUCGCAAUAUCGUGAUGCCGUACAAAUAUCCCCGUGAGUGCAAAAUUAUAAGACUGAAUCCUAGAAAAUCUCCGGUUCGAGGGAAAAGGAGACAUUGGCUUAUUUUUAUCCGCCCACGGUGCACGCGAUUUCCCGUUGGCAUGAGAUCACUGGUAAGAAAAUCGCGCUACGUGGGACUCGAACGCGGAGAAUCGAAAUCUCUCCUGAGAUCCCGCAAGCUGAUCGUUAUCCGUAUAUCCGUAAGGAUCGGAAUCGCAUAAACGCGUGUUUCUAUAUAUUUCUAUAUUGAAUAUAGAAGCGUGCACUACGAUGCCGUUUCUCAACACAUUCGGACAAUCACUAUUAUCUCACUGCUGUUCCUCCGCAUUGUCCGAAUUGACUGUGAACGGCGAGGUGGAGAGACUUUUAUGAGAAAACUGACGCGCGUAAUCUCUAUUACGAAGCAAUGUUUUGUAUAUAUUGAAAUAAACCUUGAAAUUGUAUAAAAUUAA